UCAAGUCAAGCAGGAAACUGGAAUCCUGAUAAACAAAACUCCACCCCUUCUUUCCUUCAACAUUCAAAACAUCUAUCAGGCACAACAAGAAUAUUUUUCAAAAGUGAAUCGUUCUCACUGCUACGUGGUUUUUUUUUUAGUCUCAUGCAUUGAUUUUACUGUAAAAACUGAAAGGGUAGGCUGAGAUAUUUGACAGAGAUGGGACGGCAACUCUUGGCAGCCUUCCUGGCUUUGGUGGGCUUCAUGGGUACCAUCCUGAUAGCUGCUCUGCCCAUGUGGAAGAUGUCGGCUUUCAUCGGCUCCAACAUUGUGACGGCACAGGUUUUCUAUGAAGGCUUGUGGAUGAACUGUGUGUUGCAGAGCACUGGACAUAUGCAGUGCAAGGCAUAUUACUCAAUAUUGGCUCUGCCUCAAUACCUCCAGGCCACUCAGGCCUUGAUCUGCGUCUCCCUUGCUGUUGCCGUUUUUGGCAUUGGCUUAAUGGUUGUCGGAGCCAGAUGUACCAAAUUCUUCCGUGACGACUGGAAUAAGAAAGCCAUGAUUGGUAUAAUAGCUGGGGUGGUCUACAUCAUCGCAGGGAUUCUGUGUUUGAUUGCUGUGAGCUGGUCAGCAUAUACCAUCAUCCAGAGCUUCUACAAUCCUCAAGACAUCUCGGCAAGGAAGGGAGAGAUGGGGGCCUGCAUCUAUAUUGGAUGGGUAGCUGGAUUCCUCCUAGUUCUGGGUGGUGGACUAUUCAUCAGCACAUACAGCAACAGCUAUUUUGUAUACAUUAACAGAGCUAUAGAGAACUCGAAACCUCUUCCUAAAGGAUACAGCACAAUGGUAUCCCAGAAACUUCAACUCGUGGGCCUCGUUCUAGCACUGGUUGGUUUUGUGGGCACCAUCCUCAUCUGUGGUUUACCAGCCUGGAAGACAUCAGCUUUCAUUGGAGCAAACCUUGUGAUUUUCCAGGUCUUUUGGGAAGGCUUAUGGAUGGAUUGCGUGGUUCAAACCACAGGCCAGAUGCAGUGUAAGGUCUAUGACUCCCUCCUUAUUCUUCCUGUACAUCUACAGGCAGCUCGAGGCUUGAUAAUCGCCGCCAUUAUUGUUGGAAUCAUUGGAAUUAUCAUAACCGUCAUUGGUGGCAAAUGCACCAAUUUUGUCCAGGAUGAGAGUACAAAGGCAAAGAUUGUCAUGGCUAGUGGAAUCAUCUUCAUCAUUACAGGUAUUCUCGUUCUCAUUCCCGUGUGCUGGACCACAAAUGCUGUUGUCAGGCGGUUUUACAACCCUGCCGUUAUGGAUGGCCGAAAGAGGGAACUGGGACCUUGCCUUUAUAUCAGCUUUGUAAGUGCUGCACUUCUCAUUGCAGGUGGAGCCCUUCUCUGUACCUCAUGUCCACCAAAAGAUGACACUGACUAUCAUGUGAAAUACUCUCAGGCCAGAUCGUCAGUGAGCAGCAACAAGGUUUAUGUAUAAGAUGAACACACAUUCCAUUUUCAGUCACUUUAAUGGACUGGUAAAAUGAAUAAGCAAGUUAAUCAAUGAAUUUCUUCCCACUGUCUAGCAUGUGUAUUAGACUAAAAUCUGGUCAUUUCCAUUACAUAUGAAACAUCAUUAACAACAUCACAGGAUUUUUUGCUGACCAACAUGGAAUUUGACUCAAAAUGAAAAACUUUAAAUAGUAAUCAUUUGGAUUUAAGCUAUCUUGUAAAAGCUCACAAGCAAUAAGGACAUAUGUACUGCUUUUAUGGCUUUUAUAUACUGUACAUGCUCACUUAUAUGGCAGUGUUUGGAAAUUCCUGAUAACAGCCAAAAAUUAGUGAGGGAAAUUUGUUUUCUGCAAUAUUAAUAUUAUAAUGUAAUAUUUCUGUAAUAUUACUUAAGUCUGUACAUGUUGAUGUUGACAGAGAACAGAUUGUGCAGAAAUCCUACUGACCUUGUAAUUGUAAGAAACUAUAUGUCUCUGUUGUUUCUGCUUCUGUCGAAACAAGGAAAAUGUUAAUGAUUUGUGUUUGUGAAGGAAUCAGACUUCUUUUUUGUAUGAAUGAAACAUUACAAGCACCUUUGGAAGUAAAAAUGUUGUUUUUUUGUCAGUUGGAAUCAUUAACUCAGUUGGGUGUUCAUAAUGACAAAUAAGACAAUGAGGUUUUUUUUCAAGAAUAUGUUGGUAGUUCUCGUUUAUUGUUAUUUAAUUGUUUUUAGUGUUCAUAGUGUUAAUAGUAUUAAUGAUUAUGGUAUGUGAUCACAGAGGCAUUGUUUCAAUAACUUUAUGUAGUCAUGGGGUAUAGCCAUAACCAGCUUAAAGGUUAGAGAAGCAGCUUUGGGACCAAAAGGUCGCCAGUUUAAUUCCCUGGACCAGUAGGAAUGGCUGAACUGCUCUUGAGCAAGGCACUUAACCCCCAACUUUCUAGAUGAGAAAUUUCUAAUGCCAAGUGACAAAAUAACACUUUGUGUAAUAUUCUAAAUCAUCAUGACCAGGCUAGACAGUACAAGCUGCCAGGCUGUCUAGUCUGGUCAUGAUGACUCAUCGUGAGCCAUUGGGGUUUUAUUUUUCUCUAUGUAGUUGUACUUUGUCAGCUCAUUUAUAUGAUUGGCUUGUUUUCCUUGGCUGUUUGCUGAUUGCUACUUCAGCAGACUAUUACACUAAGUAUUAAUCUGUCACUUGUUCAGUUGGCACUAGAACUUUCUUGUCUAGAAGUUUAGUACUUGUUGUACCUGUCUUUUGCACUUGUUGUACAUCACUCUGGAUAAAAGUGUCUGCUAAAUGCCUGUAAUGUAAUGUAAUGUAAUGUAAUGUAAUGUAAUGUAAUGUAAUGUGAUGUCACAUAAUUUAUUUCCAUCCAGAGUUACAUUCAUUUUCCACUAAGAUCUUGUAUUGCGGGCGGCACGGUGGUGUAGUGGUUAGCGCUGUCGCCUCACAGCAAGAAGGUCCUGGAUUCGAGCCCCGGGGCCGGCGAGGGCCUUUCUGUGUGGAGUUUGCAUGUUCUCCCCGUGUCCGCGUGGGUUUCCUCCGGGUACUCCGGUUUCCCCCACAGUCCAAAGACAUGCAGGUUAGGUUAACUGGUGACUCUAAAUUGACCGUAGGUGUGAAUGUGAGUGUGAAUGGUUGUC